CUGUGCCGGCACAGACUCGGUGACACCGCUUGACAACAGCCUUCAUCUCCGUGCCUCCCUUCUCUUGCUUUCUCGUCCUCCUUACCUCUUGCCCUAUCCUUGCCCUAGUUGACUAGUCUACGACAUCUCACUGCAAUCGCUUUCAUCCAUACUUUGUCCCUUCAAGUCAAUUGACUGACAAUCUCAAGCAUUUUGAGAAAAGGCAUUGGCUUUGAUCUACGACAUAACUUGCACACGAUGUCCAAUCGCCCAGUUUCUCCACCACCCAUUCCGCCCAGCUCUCCGCCCGCAGCCGGCGUCCGACGUGUUCACACUAUAUCAGCCGCAUCCCGUGCUGCCCGAGCCGGCUCAAGGCUCCUGCCGUCCGAAGAGGUCCAGCAACACCAGGUCUGGAACGACGAUGAAGUCGUUGACCAAGACUGGGUCGGCGGCAUAGGUGCCAUAGGCGAGAAAAACGCCGGUCUGCAUCGUCAGAGCUCCUUGCCAACGCGGUACAAUAGGGCAUUUCCGCGCAGUAAUCAAAACCGUCAAGGUGGUACUCUGACGCCCAGAACAAUGAACAGCCUGGCCGCAAUCGCUGCCGAGCAGGGCCAUGAAGGCGAGGAAGAAGAGUGGGAGAACGACGUGCGUCAAUGGAACGGUGACGAGCGUCUUGAUGCACACGAUAUGUCGCAUUAUGCUCACGUCGUCGAAAACCAGUCUGGUUCUUCACAGGGACAUUCACCGUUGUCGCCUUCUUUCCCUCCGCACACUGUCUCACCUCCCCCUGCUGAAGUCAAUGUAAGGCGCAACCAAUCUCUGACGUACGGUGCGGCUGGCGGAGCACCCCGUCGCAUGGCGGUGAACUUGCGCCGCUCGGGUACGCUUCAAGCCACUAUGGAACGAUCUCAUGCUGCUUCCUCUCAGUCGCCGCCUAGUCCAGUUGAUAAUGAAGAAGAUUUUCAAGAGGAAGAGCGUCACAACGAUGAUGAUUACCACUAUGCCCUUCUUCAACAACAAGUACAGCAGCAGCAACAACAACAACAGAACCAGAACCAAAACGUCUACGGUCAAUCGUCGGGCAAUUACACGCCGACUUCAUCAGUGGGCCGUAACUCACCGUGGAGCGUGAAUAAUAACGCCAAUGAAUGGAAAUAUGGUAAUAAUAAUAAUGGUUCGAGUGCAAUCGAUGACGUGCAGCGCGCGCUUUCGGCGCUCGAGAUUUCCGGUGGCAAUCUUGCUCAGCAGCAGAACCAGAACUUCGCGAACGGUGGUUCCGGCCAGGGUGGUCUUCCUCCCCGUUUGAACCAACAACAACAUGUUGGUCAGAUUGGUCAAGGGUCUGGUUUGCGCCGUACCGAUAAUGCUACUGGAAAUGGGAACGGUACCGGUAAUGGACUUGGUAUAAGCAUAGGUCAACGCGGAGGACCGGACAAAUUGCAGCUAGUCACAGACAUUGACAGCGGCAGUAUUAAGAGCGGACCAAGCAGUGCCGGAACGAACGUCCCAAGUGUUGGACACGGAAACGGCUUUGGUCAGCAGACGCAGCGUAGCUCGAACGACCCGUGGGAGCAGAAAGAACGUGUUCUUGCUUCGCGCACAUCUAACCCGAACUUGCAAUACGCUGCCCGCGGUAAUUACGAUGCAUCAGGUCUGCCACCGAAUCCACCUGUUCCUGCACAGUAUCUUGGUCAACAGGACCCACGGCGCCUUGGACUCGCUUCUCCAGUCGGCGGGCAGAAUGCGCAAGUUCAGGCUCAGGGCGGACUUAAUGUCGGCGGGCCGCAGCACAACCCAGGAUUUAUUACUGCUCCUCUUGACGUUCCGUCGCUCAUCGCAGCGAAAGGCUACAAUCCUCCUACCUUCGAUUGCAAGCCAGCUUUCGCCCGGUUUUUCGUCAUCAAGUCUUAUACAGAGGAUGACGUCCAUAAAUCUCUGAAGUAUGAGAUUUGGAGCUCCACGGAUCCUGGUAACAAGCGCCUGGAUAAGGCAUUCAAAGAAACAGCCGGUCGCGGACCCAUCUAUCUCUUUUUCAGUGUCAAUGCUAGCGGUCACUUCUGCGGCAUGGCAGAGAUGAUGACGCCUGUCGAUUACACUCGCAGUAGUACAGUCUGGGCGUCUGACAAGUGGAAAGGCGUGUUCAAGGUCCGCUGGAUCUUUGUCCGCGACAUUCCGAAUGCGAACUUGCGUCACAUUAAGCUCAAUAACACGCAAGAGCGCAAACCGGUGACGAACAGUCGCGACACGCAAGAGCUCCUGCCCGAUGCAGGGCAAGAAAUGCUCCGUAUUUUCUUCACUCAUCCAGCGAGAACAUCGCUCCUGCAGGACUUUGCAUUUUAUGAGCUGCAAUCCAUGCAGAAGAUGCAACAACAAACCGCACAAGCACAAGUACAGUCUCCGGGUUCCCCGCCCUCGCAAUCUCAAUCUCCACAGCCACAGCUAUCCCAGCAACAUCCAUUUGCGAUGCCUAAUCCGUACUCACAACAUCUCGGGAUGCCCGGCCAGAUGCUACCCCUGCAGAUGAAUUCGCAAUAUGCAGCUGUUCAGAGCAAUAUCAUGCGUAACCCGAGUCCUGUACCCGUCAAUGCCGGAGGCCAGGGCUAUGUUGGUAACUUUUGAUAAUGAACAAUUGUUAGGGUUUAGAGCGGCUGCGGUACUCAUUUGUGGUGCGACGCACGUUCGCGUCACUUUCACACCCCGUUAUGGAACCAAAUAUUCGCUUGAAGCUACUAGGAAAUCGAAGAAUCGUUUUUGGGGUGGAGGUGGAAGUUCGGAUGGGGCGUUUCAUGAUCAAACUCAUUUUUAACCAAGUGGUCUUCCGUUUUUUCUCACAGUUUUUUGCUAAAUCUGUACGAUGCCACAAAGUCCCUGCUCCCAGUCCUCGCGCUCUCUGCUGAAUGACUGACCGUCUUCUUUAUCUAUUCUUUUCGAACGUCUGACCCACCCUUGAUUUCGUUUUCUUUUUUAACACAUCGUCUCAUCAUCUUAAUUAACUUUUCCUAUUCCUCUUUUUUAUGCAACACCAAGAACAUCGAACGACACCAACAGAAGAACCCAUCUUGUAUCGCUCCACCAUCUUCUUUUUACAUCCGCAUGCGCAAGGACCCUCCUUGGAUUUGUCAUGUCCUCACCUGUCGUCGUACUUGAUUCUGAACGGACGUGAACUAUCGCUUGUUCUGAAUCGACCCCGAGCAUUUCCUGUAUAUGUAUUGACACAUCCUUCCACGAAUUUUGCUUACACAGUCGGUUUCUGAUAGCUUUGACGAUGCUUUAGUCACCCUUUUUUCACUUUCAAUAGCGUAGUCUUUUUGCCUGAUCCUUUAAAUUUCCUUCUUGAUUUGAAUCGAUUUUUAGUUGACCGCUUCGUAGUAUUUCUACCAACUGUACUUAGUAUCUCUUACAGCUUACUGGUUACGCUUCCUCAUGAAUUUUCCUCGUUUUUCUUCUCUUGCCAUACUUCUGUCGCGAAACGAUUGGAGGAGUUGUAUGCAUGUAAUGUGGUGGUUCCCCGUAUAGUAUUUAAGUAUGAUAGACUG